CAAAUAAUUAUAAAUUUAUCAAACCUCUAUAUAAAUAGCUCAAUAUCAAUCAAUUAGUAGACAUCAAAUACCAAAACAGAUCUUUGGACAAGGUUAAAGACCCGAUUUUUGUACUGAUGGGUGAUUCUGAAGUGAAGUUGCUUGGUUCAUGGCCUAGCUUUUUUAGCAAAAGAGUUGAAAUCGCGCUCAAGAUGAAGGGAAUUAGUUAUGAAUAUUGUGCAGAAGAUAUAUUCAACAAGAGCCCAGAGCUUCUCCGAUACAAUCCUGUUCAUAAGAAAAUUCCUGUGUUAGUACACAACGGGAAGCCAAUCUGCGAGUCUCUGGUAAUUCUUGAGUACAUCGACGAGACCUGGAAGUCUGGACCUUCUCUGUUGCCGAAAGAUCCUUAUGACAGAGCCAUGGCUCGUUUCUGGGCUAAAUUCAUCGAUGAUAAGUGUUUUCCUACUAUGUGGUUUAUCAGGAUGAGCAAAAGCGAGGAGGAACGAGGGAAAGCCAUUGAGGAAGCUAGGGAUCAGUUAUUGACACUUGAAAAUCUGCUCAAAGGCAGCAAGUUCUUCAGCGGAGAUGAGAUUGGCUUAGUCGACAUUGCUGCCAACUUCAUAGCACGUUGGCUCGGAGUCAUGGAAGAGUCGAUGGGCUUAGAAUUGGUCACGAAAGAGAAGUUCCCAAGAUUAUCUGAAUGGAUAGAUGAUUACCUUAAGAACACCAUUAUUCAGGAAACUCUGCCUACCAAAGAAGAAUUACUAAACCGCUUCCGCAAUAUGUUUCAACGAACUCAAUGAUGCAUUCCUGGUAUUCUGUAAUACCGUAUCUGCAACAGCCAGCAAGUAUGUUAGUAGUCUAUGUUUCCGGUGUGUUGAAGUAAUAGCUCUUUGUUAUUGCUUACUAAUAAGAAUGUCAGUUAUGAAGAUGAUGAAUUCUAUCAAGAAUUUGUUGAUGUAUGAUCUUAAAGCUUCAAUAAGAGAGACGUGAGCUUCUUUAAUACAA